GACCCGGGGCUUUCCAGAGAGUCUAUUUUUUCUCAUCCUUCUGGAAACGAUAAUUUAAUUCCUCCAAAUAUUUCUAGAACUAUUGCCUACAAGCUGCCUGAUGCCUCACUUCCUCGGUCAAAUUCGAUUUCAUUUCAGGCAAGGCAACAGCACCGCUUCAAAUUCAUAUGUCCAUAUGAAAAUUGUGGAAGACGUUACCUAGCUGAAACUGGACUCUCUCGCCAUCUUCUUAAGUACCAUAACGCUGCCGAAGAUUUUUUAAGCAGCCUUUCAGUGACAGCCAAUGUGGUGCGCUCCUCUUGCAGCCAUGGAAAUAGUUCCAGUAAUAUGAAUACUAAUACGUCUACUUCUAUAAAUCCAAAUAUCUCAAGGCCUGAGGCACUUGUUUCUUUGACAGACCGACUGUCCAUCGGCACUAGUAUCUCUACUCAUCCUGUGGCUCCGAGCUUGGCACCGCCGUGUCCACUACUAUCUCAUGCACAUAUCCAGUCCCAGCCUGGGCCAGAGGCAAUUGAUCUGACCAGAGAAGUAGCUGAUAGCCGCCUAAUCUCUCGGCUAGUAGGCAAGAUCGGGACAGACGGCUUGGCCAAUAGCUGUUCUUUAGAUAAUCAGCCCCUAAGCCGACCACUCACUCACCAUCGGCCCGAGCAGAUGCUAUUUCCAGCGCCCAGUGAAGCAUCAACGAAUCCCAUUCAAAUUAAGUCCGUGCUGAGAGCAUCUCUACAACCCUUAAAUGUCCCCAACCUUAAUCGAUAUCCGGAAAAGUCGCCAUUUCCUUCUUUGAUGAACGAUCGGGUUCUUCCGGUUUCCAAAAGUCGAGUGAGUUUUGCAAAAUAA